GGAGAGAGAAAGAAAGAGAGAGAGAGGGUGAAAGCGAGGGAGAGAGAGGAAAGGGGUGAGCAGAGCAGAAGAGAAUCAGGCAGUGAGGGACCUCAGAGUAUGAGCAUAUAGAAUGAAUGCGGAAAGAAAGAAGGCAUAAGAUAGCGAUAGAAACAGAGGUGCUCAGUGCUGCACAAUAGUGCCAGAAGCUGCUUUAAAAAAAGAAAGAGAGAGAGCUGGCAUCAUGGCAACGCUCACUGCAUCAUCACGACACAUGGGGAUGUUUGGCUGCUGCUGGUGAAUACUGUGUGAUGCAGAGGAGAGAGCCAAAGAGGACUUCCUGGAAACCAAAGGCAAGCUAAGGAAACAGGUCUAACCAGUUGGAGGAACCACAGGAUGAGUGGGAUCCUGAAGAGGAAGCUUGACGAUGACCCCGCCCCUUAUUUGUCAGUGCAAGGGUCUGAUGAUGAUGAGGUAUCCUGCAGUGACAGUGGUAACAGCAGUGACAGCCUCAACCAUUCUGUCCCCUCCAGCUUGCUGGAUGCCUCCAUCCAGCAGCAGUCAAAGCGACUGCGAGGUCAUAAUGUGCACUUUGAAAGCGUCACAGUCUACUAUUUCAACCGGCGGCAGGGUUUUACCAGUGUACCCACACAGGGAGGCAGCACCCUGGGGAUGUCACCACGUCACAGUGGGGUGAGGCAAUUCACUCUCAGGGAGUUUGCCAUGGAACAGAAACGGAGCCACCGGAAGAUGUUGAGGGACCAUCUGAAAGAGGAGAAACUUAAUGCCAUCAAACUCAAACUGACCAAGAAUGGUACUGUGUCAUCUUUGGAAGCAGAUACACUCACAAUCGAUGACAUUUCCGAAGAUGACCUGGAUGUGGACAACACAGAGGUGGACGAUUACUUUUUCCUCCAGCCUCUGACUACUAGAAGGCGCCGUACUCUUCUCCGUGCCUCUGGUGUCCGUCGCAUUGAUGUGGAAGAGAAGCAUGAAUUGCGUGCCCUGCGCAUGUCCCGGGAGGAGUGUGGGUGUCGCUGCCAGGGAAUAUGUGAUCCCGAGACCUGUGCAUGCAGCCUGGCCGGCAUUAAGUGCCAGGUAAAUGGAACUGUGGUGGAUCGCAUGUCCUUCCCUUGUGGCUGCACCAAGGAAGGCUGCAGCAACACCACGGGACGCCUGGAGUUCAACCCGGUCCGGGUGCGCACCCACUUCCUGCACACUAUCAUGAAGCUGGAGCUGGAGAAGAGCCGCGAGGAGCACUAUCAGCAGCCAGAGCAGCUUGUAACCAAUGGCAACAGUUACCACGGAGACUCCACCUUGGUCCAGCAGCAGCAGCAGCAGCCAAACCUGCAGUUUCCACUGAUGAGCAGCACGCAGCACAUUCACAUCAUGCAGCUUCAGAGCACAGGUGACACUGAGUCACAUCUGGAUGAGGAAGAAGAGGAAGAAGAGGCGGAGGAGGGAGAAGAGGAAGAAGAUGACGAUGAGGAAGAAGAAGAUGAAGCUUAUGAUGAAGAUGGCAGCAGUGUUUGCAGUGGGCUGUCGGACUGCAGCACACACAGCUUGGAAACAAUUGACCCUGAGGAGGGAGAAGAAGAUGAGGAGGAUGAGGAAGAUGAUGAGGAAGAAGAGGAGGAGGAGGAGGAAGAAGAAGAAGGAGAAGAAGACGAUGAGGAGGAAGACUGGGAUUGUUCACUACAUGGAACAAAUCCUGCACCCUACUCUGUUCCACUUCCUUCUGUGAUGAGUUACUCUAACAGCACACUCAUGAACCUCAGUAACCUCUUCCACACCACUCCACCCAUGCAGCACUAUCAAAGAAACAGCUCUGUGAGCGACACGCCUGCUUUCCACAGUGAAAAUGUCAGCAGCACACCCACGCUCCCCACAGUAGAGUCUGCAUUAGAACUAAACACAGAACUCCACUGCCAAACAGAGCAGCACAGCACUCCUUGCCAUUUCUCGGAGUCCCUGCCACUCCAAACUUGCUCACAUGUAGAGACGCGUGAUGCUAACACUGCCCCUGCUGGUGUACUUGAUGAACAGCCUCAUUCGACAGACCUCCGGAACAAUCCAGACUGUCAUGACACUCAGGCUGAGCAUCCUGCUGAGUCUGAGGAGCAGACAGGGGAGGAGAGAGCAGAGCCUGCACAGGAGGAAACAGGACCGCAGACACAUGGUCAAAUGACAUCAUCAAAGAGUGUCUGAAAAGAGAAAUGUGGAAAUAUGCGGUCAAGAAUUGAAGUUUGCUUUAUUCAUGAUAAACGUACUUUCAAAGACAGAAUGAGUCACGUAUUUGACACAGAAAAAGACAGAUAGAUGGUACAGUGCUGUGAACAUUUGUCUUCUUCACAUUUUUCAGACAUCAGUAAAUAAACAAUAAAGUUUAGAAAUUAUGAUUUCAGUUAUUAAGGGAAAAAAGGUAUCCAGGUCUCUAUUGUCAACAAUAAGAAAGACAGUAAUGCAAAGAUGGCAUCUGUGAGAUAGUUCCAAAGAGAAAAUCAUCGCUAACCAAAAAGACAUUGGAAUUUGCCAAUAAACAUCUUGGUGAACCACGUGAUUGGUGAUUUUUGGUGAAAUACUCUGUGGACUGACAAGACCAAAGUUGAAGUUGUUGGAGGUUUGAGUCCUAUUACAUAAAAAUAACACAGCAUGUUAUAAAAAGAACAUCAUACUAACUGACAAACAUGGUACUGGUAGAGUGAUGGUUUGGGCCUCCUUGCUGCUUCAGGACCUUGACGACUUCUCCAAAAAUCCUAAAUAUCUGGCCAUCCAUUUGUGGCCUGAGGCUCACUCGGAUUAUACUGCAGGACAAAGAUCCAAAACACAUCAGUAAAAACUCUGAAUGGCUAAAUAAAAAUCCCCAAAUGAUGUUUUUGGAGUGGCCAAGGUGCUGAGGAGUGAUUGAGGUGCUUUGGCAUGAGCUUAAAUGCUCAAAAACCAUUCACUGUGGCUGAAUUCAAACAAUUCUGCAAAGAAAAGCAAGUCUGAAUUCCUCCACAGCAAUGUGAAAGACUCAUUGCCAGUUAGUGCAAAUGUGUGAGUGCAGUUCUUGCUGCAGAGGGCGGCACAACCAGUUUUUAGGUUUAGGACGCAAUUAUUUUUUCACAUGGUACCAAGUAAGCUUGAAUAGCUUUUUUAAAUCCUAAUAAAUGAAAUCAUCAUUUAAAUAAUUGAAAUUUAAUUUACUCAGCUUAUCUCUGUCUAAUAUUAAAAUUAGUUUGAUGAACUGAAACAUGCAAGUGUGACAAAUAUGCAAAGAACAAAAACCCAGCGGCAACAAAAGAAAUCCGGAAGAGGGCAAAUACUUUUUUUUUCACAGCACUGUAAAAUUUGAGUUCACGUUGUCUCUAAACUGUUCUAGGAACGUCAACUUAGACUAAAGAGUAUAAAAAAUUAGGAAAAAGUUCAUCUUUAUCACUCAGUCAAUCAAUCAAUCAGUGUUUCUGUACCUGUAACUAUAUAGCAUACAGUUUAUGGCUUGUUGUACAGUCUUUGGUCAUUACCGCAUGUUGGUCAUUCUGGUUGUGACUGGCAUCUAUGACAAGUCAAAAUUAGAUUUGGAGGUGCUUGUUUUGUUUUGGGGUUUUUUGUGUUGUGCCACCAUCUUAUUGUUGAUGGUAAUGAUUGUUCAAUUCCGUCUGUAUCGCAUGUGAUUGGCUUACCGAAGAAGUUUAUCAUCUGUCAAGUGAGAAACAUGAGAGUUAAUCUUCCCAUGUUAGCAUACCUAGAACAACCUGUAGGAGUGUUUGCAGCUUGCCAAAGGGCUGGGUAUGGUCACAGGCACAAGCACAUGUGACUUUGGACCAGGAAACUGUUUUACAUCUUGUGACCGUUCACUUUCAGCUACUGUUUGGUGAGGCUUUUGCAGCUUUAAACAUCUAUUAGAAAGCUUUGUUCUCUAGAUUACCAAGACUAAAGGUGCACAUGCACACAACCGCUAGUAGUGCAUACUCACACAAGGCUAUUCCUACCCUGAUUGCCAGUAUGAUCGCUCCGUGCUGUGCCUGGGCAUAUUUAAGGGGGUAUAGCUGUCCUUGAGUGUGGUACUGUACAAGGCAACGGAGCCUAUGGCAAGUCCGCCCAUAAUUUUAAGAGCUAAGAUCCUAAAAAGCAAACUAUGUAGGCGUGUGUUACAUUGCAGGAAGGUCCCCUGCCACAGUUAGGACGAAUUUUUUAUUAUAUUGAACCUUGAAUUAUUUAUUCAUUCUAUAGUUCAGCUUAACUUUACAAAGCUUUUUAGUGGUUUUUGUUAGAGAUCUCAAGAUUACUAUAACAGUCAACCCUCACAACUCAAACAGCUACAGCAGGCAUUUGUUUUGACUGUAGAAAAUAGUCAAAGACAUGCCAUUGCACUGAACAACAGAGAGAAAAUGAGCAAACAGCUUAUGAGAAGACAUGUAACAUGGUCCAAUAUCUUCAUUACCACCAACUCUGAUUUGUAUUUUGUGCUAUUUUGCAAAUGUUAGCAUGCUAAGAAGCCAAAUGAAGAUAACAAACAUUACAUAGCCUAACUGCUAAACAUCAGCAUGUUAGCAGUGCUGACAUGUUACCAUGCUGAUCUUAGUAUUUUGUUCAAAGCACUGCUAUACACUGCUAAUAUACUGUACAUGUUUCACCCCUAAAACUAUCACAAUAUGUUCACCAUCAAGUUAAGCUCCUAAAAGAGCAUAUAUUUAGAUUAGAGAAUGGUCUGUCUGUGCAUUACUUAUUAGUUUACAGUGAUAAUUGUGAACAUCAGUGAUGAAACUACUUCUGUUUUUUUCCAGUGAGAAUAAUGAAUACUGUCAAAAACUGGGGGCCACGUGUUCUGUAUCUUCCUUUUUACA